GCAUACAACACUACAACAAACAGUGGAACAGCAGCAUGAGACACUACAGCAAGUGGAAGUGCAGCAUACAGCACUACAACAAACAGUGGAAAAGCAGCAUGAGACACACUUAGAAGCAGCAAGAAACAUUGAAAGAAAAGUUGAUCUAGUGUUGAGUCAAGGGCAACAAGGUCAGAAGAGGUCAUCAGCUGAUGUCCAGCCAGAGGAAGAUGUCAAGACCGAAAAACCAAGAACUACAAUCAACAACAGAGAGGGAUCAUGCUGAAGAUUCCGAAAUGCUAAAAGAGGCAAUAAAAGCCAACACAGAAAACCAAACUAAAAUCAUGGCUGCACAUGACAUUCCCAGUGCAAAGACAGACGACAUCUUUACCAAUCUGACAGUACGCGAACAAGUAGAAAAAAAUGAGAACCUAAUAAGUUUUUGUCAUAUUCCGCUAUCGUCUUUCUUGUUGUGCUGGUGUUUAGAAUGGCGAAUUAGUCGUUCGGGAAUCACAGAAAAUCUACCCGCUAAAAUAACUGAUCUUUAUAACGAGGUUGCUAAAGUCUUAAUAGAAAAACUCCAUGCAAAUCUCAAAUAUUCAGAAAUGUCAGAAUAUGCAAAGAAAAUAGCUGAAGAUACGCUAGAUAAACUAGCUAAAUUAGGUGCUAAUUUGCUGAAGGAGAGUAGAUAUAUUUUUGACGAAGAAGACAUGAAAAAACUAGACCUUACCCAUGACGAAAUUAAAAACUUGAAAGUAAGCGGCAUUCUUCAUUGUGUUCCUGGAAUUAGAAUUACUGCUUUUGRAACAAAAGAAGAAUUUAGUUUCACUCAUUUGACUCUGCAGGAAUAUCUCUCUGCUUCUUUUUUUGAAAAAAAUAACGAAAUCCCAGAGGGCAUGAGUGAGCAGACGUUGGUGUUCAUGUGUGGACUUUUGUCGAAGAAAAAAGAUGGAGAACAACUAAUGAAUAAACUAAUCCAACAGAUAUCAUCUAAGUAUAAUGUAAAUAAACUGCUAAUAUUACAGUGUCUGUAUGAGUAUGGAGAGCAAGAACUAACUACAAUAACCAUACAUGAGCUGUACAAUAAAUACUGUGAUAGUGAUGGGUUCAUUGGUUUUGAUAGAGUAACUGAUGCUGAUAUGAAAUACGUAUCGUAUUUGUUGGAUAUCAUUCGUUCACUAAAAGAACAACAUCCACAGUCAUCUAGUGAUUAUACAUUGAGCAUUCAUAAGUCACCUGCUUUAACCUUGUUUGGUGUUGGUGUUGUUUGUCGUUCACUUGUUUGUAAUUCGUUCAUAACUAAACUGGAGCUGUAUCAUUGUAGUUUAGAUGAUAAAUGUGUAGAAAAAAUAACCAACUCAUUAGUAAACACUGGAAUAACCUACCUACACCUAGAGAGGAAUGAUAUUACAGACGAAGGAGUGAAGAGUAUUUGUAAUGUACUAACACAAACUAAAAUAACCUAUCUAGACCUAGUGUGGAGUAAAGUAACAGACGAAGGAGUGAAGAGUAUUUGUAGGGUACUAACACAAACUAAAAUAACCCACCUAAACCUAAAUAGGAAUAAAAUAACACACGAAGGAGCAGAGAGUAUUUGUAGUGUACUAACAGAUACUAAAAUAACCUACCUAAACCUAGAGUGGAAUAAUAUCAAAGACGAAGGAGUGAGGAGUGUUUGUAGUGUACUAACACAAACUAAAAUAACCCACCUAAACCUAGGGAAUAAUAAUAUUACAGAUGAAGGAGCAGAGAGUAUUUGUAGUGUACUAACACAAACUAAAAURACCCACCUAAACCUAGGGAAGAAUAAUAUUACAGAUGAAGGAGCAGAGAGUAUUUGUAGUGUACUAACACAAACUAAAAUAACCCGCCUAGACCUUCUUGGGAAUAAUAUUACAGAUGAAGGAGCAGAGAGUAUUUGUAGUGUCAUCAUACAAGAUGAUUGUCAUGUAAAAUGGUUAUCUUUAUCGGGCAAUAAGAAAAUAACUGCAGAAUGUAAGGAACGUGUAAAACAACUUGUAGAAGAACACAAACCUGGUGUUGAAUUGGAUAUUUAGAUGAAUGAAAAAAAGAAUUAUACUGGAAUAUAUCUGUAAUUAUUUGUACAAUAUUGUAUUAGAUAAUAAAGUAAAUAUUGUAGUUUAA